AUGAAAAUGCGGACAUCAAGCAGAAUGGACAAUGCAAAGAAGUGGCUUGGACUCAGUUUUUGCUUUAUGAUGAACCUCAUUACAACUGUAUUAUCUGGAACUAGCAGAUCUCCAAGCAAAGGCCAAGGACAAAAUCUCUCAGACAACUUGCUUCUUCAUCAGCGAAUGAAGAGGAGUUGGGUGUGGAACCAGUUCUUUGUUCUGGAAGAAUACACGGGAACAGAUCCUUUGUACGUUGGGAAGCUCCAUUCUGAUAUGGACAGAGGAGAUGGAUCAAUUAAAUAUAUUCUUUCGGGAGAAGGAGCAGGAAUUGUUUUUACUAUUGAUGACACCACUGGAGAUAUCCAUGCCAUUCAGAGACUAGAUCGAGAAGAAAGGUCUCAGUAUACUUUAAGGGCCCAAGCCUUGGACAGACGAACCGGAAGACCAAUGGAACCAGAAUCUGAAUUUAUCAUCAAAAUCCAAGAUAUCAAUGAUAAUGAACCCAAAUUCCUAGAUGGGCCAUAUGUUGCUUCAGUUCCUGAAAUGUCACCAGUGGGCACCUCUGUUAUCCAAGUGACAGCAACAGAUGCUGAUGAUCCUACUUACGGGAACAGUGCCAGAGUAGUCUACAGCGUUCUCCAAGGACAGCCAUAUUUCUCUGUGGAUUCCAAAACAGGAUUAAUUAGGACAGCACUAAUGAAUAUGGACAGAGAAGCAAAAGAAUAUUAUGAAGUUAUCAUCCAAGCCAAAGACAUGGGUGGACAGCUGGGAGGAUUAGCCGGGACAACCACAGUCAAUAUUUCUCUCUCUGAUGUUAAUGAUAAUCCACCCAGAUUUCCACAGAAACAUUAUCAGAUGAGCGUACUGGAAUCUGCUCCCGUCAGUUCCACUGUGGGCCAUGUUCUUGCUAAAGACUUGGACGAAGGUAUUAACGCUGAGAUGAAAUACAGCUUUGUGGAUGGGGAUGGACUGGACGUUUUUGAUAUUACCACCGAUCUUAAUUACCAAGCUGGCAUCAUCUCUGUGAGAAAGCCACUGAGCUUUGAGACCAAGAAAAGUUACACUUUAAAAGUAGAAGGUGCCAAUCCACACCUUGAAAUGCGUUUCUUGAAUCUAGGUCCAUUCCGUGACACAACAACUGUGCAUAUAAGUGUGGAAGAUGUUGAUGAACCACCAGUUUUUGAGCCUAGUUUUUAUUUUGUGGAAGUGCCUGAAGAUGUGGACAUUGGGACCACCAUACAAAUGAUAAACGCCAAGGACCCUGAUGCGAUCAACAAUUCAAUCAGAUACUCCAUUGAUCGAAGCAGUGAUCCUGGACGCUUCUUUUAUGUGGACAUUAUAACAGGUGCUCUGAUGACUGCAAGACCUCUGGAUCGGGAAGACAUUUCAUGGCACAAUAUCAGUGUGCUAGGUGUGGAAUUGAACAAUCCUUCACAGGUUGGCAAUGUUUCAGUAACAAUAAGAGUCCUGGAUGUAAACGACAACAUACCAGAAUUUCCCAGGUUCUAUGAAGCGUUUGUCUGUGAAAAUGCAAAGGUUGGACAGCUGAUCCAGACAGUAAGUGCAGUGGACCAAGAUGACCCACAAGAGGGACAGCACUUCUAUUACAGCUUGGCUCCUGAGACAGCAAAUAACCCCAAUUUUACUCUUAGGGACAAUCAAGACAACACAGCUUGGAUUUUAACCAAGAGAUCAGGCUUUCGGCAACAUGAGCAGAAUACCUUUUACCUUCCCAUCUUAAUAGCAGAUAAUGGACGUCCUGUGUUAAGCAGUACUGGAACAGUAACCAUUCAUGUUUGUAGUUGUGAUGAAAAGGGCCUUGUGAUGUCCUGUAAUGCAGAGGCCUACAUACUCCCUGUCAGCCUGAGCAGAGGUGCUCUGAUUGCCAUUCUAGCUUGCAUUUUUGUUUUGCUCGUUCUGGUGCUACUGAUCUUAUCCAUGAAAAGACACCGGAAGCAACCUUACAUGCUUGAUGAGGAAGAGAAUAUCCAUGAGAACAUUGUCCGAUAUGACGACGAAGGUGGUGGGGAAGAAGAUACGGAAGCUUUUGACAUUUCUGCCCUGUGGAACCCCAGAGAGGCCCAAGCGUUCAUGAAGAACCGACAAGACAUGAUGCCAGAAAUUGAAAGCCUCUCGAGAUACGUUCCUCAGGCCUGCACGGUGGACAGCAGUGUUCACAGCUAUGUGUUGGCCAAACUCUAUGAAGCAGACAUGGACCUCUGGGCACCUCCCUUUGAUUCCCUCCAGACCUAUAUGUUUGAGGGCAAUGGCUCAGUGGCUGAAUCGCUCAGUUCCUUACAGUCUGUAACUACGGACUCAGAACAGAGUUAUGACUAUCUGACAGACUGGGGACCACGCUUUAGGAAGCUGGCGGAAAUGUAUGGUGCCACAGAGGGGAGUGGGACUCUUUGGUAACAAAAAGGGCCAAGUACUUGAUACUCAAAUGCUGCCAUCUAAACUUGGACUUGUCUGAUAUGUGACUUUGGUGGGAUGAUGGCCUCCUACAAUUAGCAAUAUGAUGCUUGAGGGAGAAUGCAGAAGAGUUUGAAUAAA